UUUGGAAUAAUAAUGAACGAAUUUCUUUCUGAAGAAAUUCCUUUUAAUGAUAUUCCUCAUGAUGAAUUUUUAGCUAUUAAAAUAUGUAAAGGGUUUAGACCAACGAUUUCUAAAGACAUACCAAAGUUACUUGCAGAUUUGAUAAUAAAAUGUUGGGAUGCUGAAAUAAAAAAUAGACCAACCACUAAAGAGUUGUAUCAAACACUAAAUAGAUGGUAUAAUGGUACCGAUAAUCAAAAUAGUGAAAUUUAUUUUCAAAUAAAAGAAUGUGAUAAAACUAGAGAAGAAAAAUUCAAAAACAAGUCAAAUGAAAAUAAAUCCAAAAGCUUCAAAACGCAUCCACAAGCAAUUUAUACUAGUAGACUUUUAAAUUUCAAAAAUCUUCCAAAACCAGUAAAUUCUUCAAAUUUAUCAUCUUUUCAAUUUAGUUCAGCAAAUCCAAUUUCAGAAUGCUUGGAUGUUCAAUUAAGUGAAUUAUUAGAACUAAAUGAAAUUUGCCAAGAUGAUGAACAUAAUAUUGAAUGAAGUUUCUUUU